AAAUUUUAAUUUAACAACAACUCUCUCUCUCUCUCUCUCGGUCUCUCUCCUACUCCACUCCACUUUUUCCAAGAUUCAAAAUCUCUGAACUUUCUCUCUCUACAAGAAACUUGCGAGCUGGGACCAAAGCAAAUCAAGUCUCCUCCUCCUCCUCCUUCUUCCUCCUUCUCCUCUGCUUCACCACUUUAUCACUUUACCCUCUCCAAUACGCGCAAAAAGCAAAUCAUAACACAUCAAAUGGUUGUGUCUUCCUUUUAAGCACCGCCCAUAAUCCCCAAUGAUUAUACCCUUUCCAUGCGCGAAUCCCCCCACCUCGUUUCUCGCCAAAGCUCAAACAUUCCCCCUUCUUGAAACCCCCUUUUAAUCUUUAACCCCUGAGAUAGAGAGAGAGAGAGAGAGAAGAAAGAAACAAACUUUAUUCGAUUAUCUCUGUUUCAAAGUCUCGAUCUUCUGGCCAUGGUCGCAGAAGCUUGGCUGGUGAAGAUGAGCACAAACCUCAAACACGCCCUCCUCCUCGAACCCUCCUCCAAAAAAGCCCCUCUCCCCAAGCAAACAAUCGGGAUCCUAUCCUUCGAAGUAGCCAACAUCAUGUCCAAAACAGUCCACCUCCACCGCUCCCUCUCCGACUCAGAGCUCUCCAAGCUCAAAUCCGACGUCUUCCUCUCCCAAGGAGUCACAAAGCUCGUUUCUUCCGACUCCAACCACCUCCUAGACCUCGCCGUCUCCGAGAAGCUCGACGACCUGAGCCGCGUGGCCAGCGUGGUCUCCAGGUUAGGCAAGAAGUGCAACGAGCCCGCUUUACAAGGUUUCGAACACGUCUACGAGGACAUAGUGAACGGUGUUAUCGAUUUUAGGAAGCUAGGGUUCUUGGUCAAAGAUAUGGAGAGUAUGGUUAAGAAGAUGGAGAGGUUCGUCAACGCUACUUGUACUCUUUACUGCGAGAUGGAAGUGCUGACUGAGCUCGAGCAGGCGGUGGUGAAGCUUCAGAGAACCGGACACCAUCAAGGCAGCGUUAAGGCCUUUGAGCAGAAGCUUAUGUGGCAGAGACAGGACGUCAAGAGUCUUAGAGAGGCUUCUCUCUGGAACCAGACUUAUGAUAAGGUUGUUGAGAUGCUCGCUAGAACUGUUUGCACGAUCUACGGCAGGAUUGAGACUGUGUUUGGUGGGUUGGGUCUGAGAGGUAAAAAGGAUUCGACUUUGAAGAGGAGGGAGGCAGAAGGGUUUACGCGUGAAGCGGAUUUUAGUUUCCCUUGUGGGACUAAUCCUGGGAGGAUGUUCAUGGAGUGUCUCCAUAUGAACAGCUCUGUUUCUUCGAGGAGUCAUGAUGAUGAAGAAGAUAGCGAGGAGGCUCGUAGUAUCACGUUUCCUAGAGCAAUGAGGAGUAGUAAGUUCGGUUCCAAGAGCAGGUUAACUCAACACGCUUCACCUUCAACCAUUGGAGGAUCUGCUUUAUCAUUACACUAUGCGAAUGUGGUUAUAGUUGUGGAGAAGCUUCUCAAGUACCCUCAUCUAAUAGGAGAAGAAGCUAGAGACGAUCUUUACCAAAUGCUACCGACGAGUUUGAAAACAUCGUUGAAGGCUAACCUCAGGUCAUACUUGAAGAACGUUUCGAUCUACGACGCUCCUCUAGCUCACGAUUGGAAAGAGGCUAUAGAUGGGAUACUCUCCUGGCUUGCUCCGUUGGCUCACAACAUGAUCAGAUGGCAGAGUGAGCGCAACUUUGAGCAGCAUAACCAGAUUGUGAAGAGGACUAAUGUGCUUUUGCUUCAGACCUUGUACUUUGCUGAUAGGGAGAAGACGGAAGCUGCCAUUUGUAAGCUUCUUGUCGGGUUGAACUACAUUUGUCAUUACGAACAGCAGCAGAAUGCGUUGUUGGAUUGUGCGAGUAGCUUUGAUUAUGAAGAUUGUUUUGAGUGGCAGAGUCAAUGCCAAGCAGCUUACUUGGACUAACAUUUUGGUUUUGUUUCAAGUGUUGUUUUAUAGAUACAUUUG